ACUUUGAGGUUAACAUAUCAUUUUGGCUACAUUUCCCGUUGUUUUGAUCCAUGCUCAUAUGACCCAUGACGACUGUGCUCCUAUGUUUAUAAUGAAAGAUUCUUGACCUUCUUACGAAUUAAUUCCUGUUCGUCAACGUAUUAAUUACGCCUGCUCUGCUUAUGUAAUUUACAUAAAAAAUGAGCUCUUCGAACGAGCUAAUUCACAGUCAAGAGUAUCUCAGCUUUCGUAGCAGCAUCCCAUUGCGGCGCAUCUCUGUGGACUCUGACGCUUCAAAGGGAUGGAAAAUUUACGACUCUGGACCGAAAUCUGUUAAAGUUCCAAUAAUAUGUCUUCCACCGGCCAGCGGAACUGCUGAUGUAUUUUUCAAGCAAGUGUUGGCGCUCAACGCCAAAGGCUUUAGGGUCAUUGCAGCUGAACCCCCAGCAUACUGGACUGUAAAGGAGUUUUGUGAAGGGCUGAAGAAACUUAUUGAUCACCUCGGCUUGCUCAAAAUCCACAUUUUUGGUGCCUCAUUAGGAGGCUUUCUCGCUCAAAAGUUUGCCGAAUACACAUCCAACUGCUCUCGAGUUGCUUCCCUAAUUCUGUGCAACUCAUUCACCGACACAUCAAUAUUCAAUUACGCAGACACAGCUUCGUAUUUUUGGAUGCUUCCAUCUUUGGUGUUGAAAAGAAUGGUCAUGGGAAACUUCUCUAACAAGAUUGUAGAUUCCAAAAUAGCCGACUCAAUUGAUUUCAUGGUUGACAGGCUGGAAAGCCUUACUCAACCAGAACUAGCUUCAAGACUUACCCUAAAUUGCCUGGAAUGUGCAGUGCAACCCCAAAAACUCUCUGGUCUGAAAAUUACUCUGAUUGACGUUUUCGACGAGUACGCUCUCUCAACCCAAGUCAGGGAAAACCUGUACAAAAGCUACCCCUCGGCCAAGUUGGCGCAUUUGAAAAGUGGAGGGAACUUUCCUUACUUGAGUCGAUGCGACGAAGUCAAUCUUCACAUUCAGAUUCACCUGCGAUCCUUUGAAGAUACUAAUCUUUGGGCUGCUGAGCCUUUGAAUAAUACAGAAAAGUCACAUUAACCAAGGAGAUACCCACACAGGAAACAAAUUGUGAUCUGCACAUUCUUUUGUAUUGUUUCUAAAAUCCACAAGCUGUAACUGCGCUAUACCGAAAGUGAUAAUAAUUAAGGGCUUGCAAACAACAAUCUUUGUUUAUUCCUAAUUUUGUAGAUUAAUUUUUCAAACUUGUAAUUAUAAAAUAUAGAUUAAAUUUAAUUUAGCCUGAAGUUUUGUAUUAUAGUGGUGCAUGGCUAUAAAAAUUGAGUAUUUUGCUUAAAUGGAAAACAAAUAAAUACCAAGUUGAACUGAAUUAAACUAUACUUUUACU